GCCCCCCCCUAGACAUGGCUGUUCGGCUACGAGCUGACCGACACCAUCAUGGUGUUCUGCGAGGACAAGAUCCUGUUCAUGGCCAGCAAGAAGAAGGUGGAGUUCCUCAAGCAGCUGGCCAACAGCAAGGGCGGCGACAGCAUCCCCGCCCUCACGCUGCUCGUGCGCGAGAAGAACGAGAGCAACAAGGGAAACUUUGAGAAGAUGGUGGAGGCACUGAAGGGCAGCAAGGGGGGGAAGCGUAUCGGCAUUUUCAGCAAAGACAAGUUCCCCGGCGAGUUCAUGAAGAGCUGGAGCGACUGCCUCAGCAAGGAAGGCUUUGAGAAGGUGGACAUCAGUGCGGUCGUGGCCUACACCAUUGCGGUGAAGGAGGAUGGGGAGCUCAACCUAAUGCGCAAGGCGGCUGCUAUCACCUCUGAGGUGUUCAACAAGUUCUUCAAGGAGCGCGUCAUGGAGAUUGUGGAUGCUGAUGAGAAAGUACGGCACAGCAAGUUGGCAGAGUCGGUGGAGAAAGCCAUCGAAGAGAAAAAGUACUUGUCAGGAGCUGAUCCCUCCACAGUGGAAAUGUGCUACCCUCCCAUCAUCCAGAGCGGUGGCAACUACAACCUGAAGUUUAGUGUGGUCAGCGAUAAGAACCAUAUGCACUUUGGGGCCAUUACCUGUGCCAUGGGCAUCCGCUAUAAGUCGUAUUGCUCCAAUCUGGUUCGCACCCUCAUGGUGGACCCCCCUCAGGACAUGCAGGACAACUACACCUUCCUGUUGCAAUUGCAGGAUGAGAUGCUCAAGGAGAUGCAGCAUGGUGUGAAACUGUGUGACGUCUACGCGGCUAUCAUGGACGUGGUAAAGAAGCAGAAGCCGGAGCUGCUGAGCAAGAUCACUAAGAACCUGGGGUUUGCCAUGGGCAUCGAGUUCCGCGAGGGCUCCCUUGUCAUCAACAGCAAGAACCAGCAUCGGCUUAAGAAGGGGAUGGUUUUCAGCAUCAACUUGGGUUUCUCGGACUUGACCAACAAAGAGGGGAAGAAGCCUGAGGAGCGGACGUACGCGCUGUUCAUCGGAGACACCGUGCUGGUGGAUGAGGAGGGACCGGCCACUAUCCUCACAGCUGUUAAAAAGAAGGUUAAAAAUGUCGGCAUCUUUUUAAAGAACGAGGAUGAGGACGAGGAAGAGGAGGAGAAGGACGAGGCCGAAGACCUACUGGGUCGCAGCUCUCGGGCGGCGCUGCUAACAGAGAGGACGCGGAAUGAACUGACAGCAGAGGAGAAGCGCCGGGCCCACCAGCAGGAGCUGGCUGCGCAGCUGAACGAAGAGGCACGGCGGCGGCUCACAGAGCAGAAGGGCGAGCAGCAGAUUCAGAAGGCUCGCAAGUCCAACGUCUCCUACAAGAACCCAUCACUCAUGCCUAAAGAGCCACACAUCCGGGAGAUGAAGAUCUACAUUGAUAAGAAGUACGAGACGGUCAUCAUGCCGGUGUUCGGCAUUGCCACGCCUUUCCACAUUGCCACCAUCAAGAACAUCAGUAUGUCAGUAGAGGGUGACUACACCUAUUUGCGCAUCAACUUCUACUGCCCAGGCAGCGCACUAGGCCGCAACGAGGGGAACAUCUUCCCUAACCCUGAAGCCACCUUCGUUAAGGAGAUCACAUACCGCGCCUCCAACAUGAAAACACCAGGUGAGCAGACAGUGCCAGCCCUCAAUCUGCAGAAUGCCUUCCGCAUCAUCAAGGAGGUGCAGAAGCGCUACAAGACCCGUGAGGCUGAAGAGAAGGAGAAGGAGGGCAUCGUCAAGCAAGACUCGCUGGUGAUCAACCUGAACCGCAGCAAUCCCAAGUUAAAGGAUCUCUACAUCCGGCCCAACAUUGCCCAGAAGCGGAUGCAGGGCUCUCUGGAGGCACACGUCAAUGGCUUCCGCUUCACAUCAGUGCGCGGAGACAAGGUGGACAUCCUGUACAACAACAUCAAGCAUGCGGUGUUCCAGCCCUGCGAUGGGGAGAUGAUCAUUGUACUCCACUUCCACCUCAAGAACGCCAUAAUGUUUGGGAAGAAGCGGCACACGGAUGUGCAGUUCUACACAGAGGUGGGCGAGAUCACUACCGACUUGGGCAAGCACCAGCACAUGCACGACCGUGACGACCUCUACGCUGAGCAGAUGGAACGCGAGAUGCGGCACAAACUGAAAACAGCCUUCAAGAACUUCAUCGAGAAGGUUGAAGCUCUGACCAAGGAGGAGCUGGAGUUCGAGGUGCCCUUCCGGGAUCUGGGGUUCAAUGGGGCCCCAUACCGCAGUACCUGCCUACUCCAGCCAACCAGCAGUGCGCUAGUGAACUGCACCGAGUGGCCCCCGUUUGUGGUAACGCUGGAUGAGGUGGAGCUGAUCCACUUUGAGCGCGUGCAGUUCCACCUGAAGAACUUCGACAUGGUCAUUGUCUACAAGGACUACAGCAAGAAGGUCACCAUGAUCAACGCCAUCCCCGUCGCCUCCCUCGACCCCAUCAAGGAGUGGCUAAACUCCUGCGACCUGAAGUACACAGAGGGGGUGCAGUCCCUCAACUGGACCAAAAUUAUGAAGACCAUUGUGGACGACCCUGAGGGCUUCUUUGAGCAGGGCGGCUGGUCAUUCCUGGAGCCCGAGGGAGAGGGCAGUGAUGCAGAAAUGGCGGAGUCAGAGUCCGAGAAUGAAGACGAGACCUUUAACCCCUCAGAGGAGGAGUACGAGGAGGAGGAGGAGGAUAGUGAUGAAGACUACUCAUCAGAGGCUGAAGAGUCAGAUUACUCCAAGGAGUCCCUGGGCAGCGAGGAGGAGAGUGGAAAGGACUGGGACGAGCUGGAGGAGGAGGCUAGGAAAGCGGAUCGGGAGAGCCGGUACGAGGAGGAAGAGGAGCAGAGCCGCAGCUUGAGCAGGAAGAGGAAGGGCCCAGCCCAUCGUUCCAGCCGCUCCCACGGCCGCAGCCCAGGGCGCAGAGCCGUGCCCCCCAAGAAGAAGAGGAAGUAGGCACUGGACUCUGACCCCACCGCUGCCCGGGCAUGGGCCACCCGCCCCCACAUCACCCGCCCCACGGACUGCGUCUUCGCUCCCUUUUUUUUUCUUUCCAAUUCACCCCAUUUUGUUUCUUGAGUUUUGUUUUUUUUUUCUGGCUAUUUGUACGGACCAAUCGGCUGUGAGGAUUCCUGGCCCCACCCGCCCGACACCAUGGACAUGUAUGCAAGGAGGAAGAGGCCAAGGCCGGCCCCAGGUGUGGGGGGCAGUCAGGAAUGUGCCCCUGCUCCCUUCCUGCCCUGGCACCGCUGUGGCACACAGGGACGCAUUGCCAGGUGCCCGCCUGCCCCCUGCUGCGUUCCCAAAGCGAAGAGGGUGGGAGGCAGGAUCUGCGGACACAAGGGGCUUCAGGUCUGUGGGGAGCAGGUGCUGGGGGAGGGAGUGGGGUGCAUUAUGACUGCCUGGCUGGGCUGGGGGUGGGGGUGGGGGUGUCCCAGCCCCAGGGAAGUGCAGGGGAGGUUCCUUCCCUGUGUCUGCCGGCGUCUGGCUCUGUCCCAUAUUUAUGUGUCCCGCCACAGCCAAGUAGAGUCUCUGGCAGGAGCGCGGUUCUCGUCCCGGGUGGGUUUUAUUGUGGCCCUGUCCUGUCCCCCAUCCCCCUCUCCCUCACGCACUGAGGUGGGGAGGGGUGCGGGGCAAGGGGGGGGCCCCUGCUCUGUUUCGUUUCUCGUAGCCGGUAGCUCUUGGUAUUUUUGACUUUAGAAGAAUUGAACCGAUGAAUAAAACUGUUUUUUGUAAGUUCA